GUUUGGAUGGAAACCCAGCUAAUGUUCCAUAUGACCUUUUUCUCUUUUAAGUUGUACAGGAAAAGCAAAACUCAAAAAUGCCUGGAAACCUCCUGAAAAAUCCACAUGGAGACGAGAAUUUUAGUAACUGGGAGUUGACGAAGAACGAUGAAAACCCAUGGUGUAUUCAACUGAUGCCAGAUGAUUCAGUGGUUUCAUACUUCUGCACCUCACAUAAUCCGUGUCUAAAAAAACAAGUGAUUGAUCUGGUGAAAAGCGGUUAUGAUGCUGAAUAUUUAGAUUCUGCGCCUGAAGUGACUGUGAGGGACUGGUACAGCACUCGAGAUGACUGUGGGGGCAUUUAUAGGCUUACUGUGUCACUGCUCAAUGAAAAUCAAGCUGUCAUUGCGACAUUUAAGCCGGAUGAUGUGACUGUGCCCCAGGCUACCCCUUGGACACAGGUGACACACACGUUUAAAGGUUAUGGUCCUGGUCUACGCUUCAUCUCUUUUGAACAUGGUGGUCAAGACACUAAUAGUUGGAAAGGCUGGUAUGGAGUCAGAGUCACUGGAAGUUCUGUCACCAUACCCCCAAAACCCUAA